AUGCCCCCCGAACCGACAAGCAAUGUGGCAAAGUCGGCAACUCUCGCGAGCAUGAACAAAACGGGAAAAGCUACCGGACGCGGACGCGGGAAAGCCAAGAACGUGGAUGACGAUGGCGCGAUUGCAGUCGAUGGCAUUCCGGGGCACGACAAUCAGUACGCCCUCCUUGACGAGGAGAACCCCCUCAAUCUGGAACCGGCGAAGAGCAGCGGAAAUAACGGAAAGAGACACAAAUCUGUGAAGGACGUCGCGAACGCGAUCAGGGAGGCCAAAGCGGCCCUGGCGAAGAGCGCAGCUGAGGGAAUCACCGGGGACGACCUCGCAAUUGUUAUCGACACGGCCCCUAGCACACUCCCUUCCCUUAACGAAACGGACGGGACAAACGGAACGCCCGCUACGGCCGACCCUGGCCUAACGUCGACUACGGAUGCCCAGCCCCCCACCGGAGGCGUCAAUGACACCGCUGCCCCCAACCCGACCGUCGCCCACACCCCCCACCUGGCUGAGCACCCCGGCGUCCUAGACGCCACUGCCCGCACCGGAGAUGACGCCCCCACUGCCGCAGCCAGCCAAGCGAUCGAAGGGAAUACUCCAGUGCCCAUUACCGCGAUGAACCUGAACACCGCGCCGAAUGGCCCGGAAACCGCAGGCCUGGCCCAGAACAUCCCCGGCAAGGCCCGCGUCACCCUGAUGCCCCACCCCGCUGAGCUGCACGAGGACAAGAGACAGACUCACGCACUCACAGAAGAGGCUACCGUCGCGCACGUCAACCCCAAGACGCAGGACGUGCAGAUGUCGGCACCAGAGGACCCCUCGAUCGAAGAAGAGCCCCCAUUCAUUCUAGUCGGUACACCCCGGAAGGCGAUCCCCCCCCCAUCCCGUGAAACGACGCUCCUCCACGAGGAGAAGAAAGUACGCCAACAGACGGAGGAGAACGACGCGGAACGACGCCGUCAGGAGAUCGCGCUCCUCGUCUCGUCGUCCAUAGCGAAAGGACCGUCGGGCUCCCUGGACUCGGACAAGAUUGUUGACAUCGACGUAUCACGAGACAACGACCUUCCCCCGCCUCCCCCGGAUAGUAUUCCGGAGGGAAAGCUGGCCAUCAUCGGCGACCAACUCCUCGCGAACCGCGCAUACGCGGCGGUGGCAAAAAGUCACCCGCAACGCCCUGAGGUACAACUCGCCCCGGUCCCGCCGAGCGGAUGGACCGCGCCGCAGAUGCGGUACCGGCUGCAGCAGCUGGAAGACAUCGAGGAGGAACAAGUUAAAUACUGGGCGGAGAACGACGAGCACUUCGGGAACAACGUACUCGUGACCGUCUUCGACAGACUUAACCUGACGGCGGACGAAGCUCAGGACGUCUUUGGGGAAGUGCGCGCAACCGUCCAAGCCUUCCUCCGAGAAGGGGCACCCCUCCGAAUCAUCCUACCUGUCGCGGCGAACAAACGGCAGCCGCGCACGGGGCUCCUUUCCUCUCUUACGACUGAGGAUAAAGCCCUCAUCCUAGCGCAGGGAGUCUUCGCCACGGCCGACAUCGCCUUCUUCACGUUCACCUUCGACGAUGUGGUCGUAAACCCAUCGUUCUACAUGACUCUCAAAGGCCCCAUCGAUGCAGAUGAAGGGCUGAUGCUGUACGCGAUACAGGUCGCUCUCGCAGAGAAAGCAUCGGACAUAGUAGCUGCCCUCGGAAUGGACCCCAAAGACAGGAAAGCGAUCGGACAGGUAAAUAGCUUCCUGCAGAACCUCAAGUGUCGGAUUCUCCCCUUCCUCGCGCCGAAAGGCCGCCCGCAACCCCGCUACAACAUAUAUGGACCCAUCAUUAACUCGGCACUCCCGUGCGCGUACCGGGACGUCCAAGCCAUCAUGAGGACGACGAACUUCUGGCACGCACAAGUCGGACCGGUAGACGAAAUUAUCAUGGACCCCUGCACCUUCUGCUAUGGCGCCGACCACGUAUACGGGCUGUGCCCGAUAAGGGCCCAAAUUCCCCAAGGUUUCCUCGGCUCGACGAAGAACACGUCGCCGCGCGCCCAGGACUACGGGCGCAGAGGCGGAGGAACUUCCCGAGGUGCCUUCAGAGGCAGAGGGCGCGGACGGGCGACAUAG